AUGGCCGAGACACCCAGGGCCCCGGAUCUCGGAUCGCUCACGAAGAAGAAGCGCGAGCGGGUGUCGUCGCGCGAGCAGCGCACGGCGCUCGUGAUCGGGGGCAUGGGAUCAUUCGGCGCGGGGAUCGUGAACGAGCACGUCGAGCAGGGGCGGCCCGUCCGGGCGCUGGUGCGCGACGUGCCGGAGGCCGUGCGCCGGUUCGGGAGCUACACCAAGGCGAACUUCCACGAGGGUGACGUCUUCGACCCGGAUUCGCUCCGCGAGGCGGCCCGCGGGUGCUCGGUGAUCUACCACGCCGUGGGCUUCCCGAUGAGCAAGCAGGACCCGGCGAUGCGGGUGGCGACGGAGAACAUCGUCGCCUGCGCGAAAGAGGCGGGCGCGGCGAUCGUCUUCCCGGGCAACGUGUGGAGCUUCGGCCCGCAGCACGGCUCGCGUCUGGCGGAGAUCGCCGAGACGCACCCGGACUCGAAGAAGGGGCGGCUCCGGCUCGAGCUGGAGGAGCGCCUCCGCGAGGCGACGAAGCGGGGCGACGCGCGGGUGCUGAUCGUGCGAUCGGGUGACCUCUUCGGGCCGACGGUGCGGAACGCAUACCACGACGGGAUCUUCAAAUCCGCGAUGGAGGGCAAGGGCCUGCUCGCGCUGGGCUCGCUCGACGCGCCGCACCAGUUCGCGUACGUGCCGGACCUGGCCCGGGUGUGCAUCAAGCUCAGCGACGCGAUCGAGCGGCUCGUGCCCUUCGAGACGUUCCACUUCGCGGGGCACACGUUCGAGCGGCAGCAGGACUUUUACGGCAAGGUCAUCGAGUGCGCCGAGGACGACUCGCUCAAGGUGAAGAAGUCGUCCUGGCUCGCGCUGCGCGGGGCGGGGCUCGUGAACAAGGAUCUCAAGGAGCUGAUCGAGCUGAAAUACCUCUGGGAGGAGGGCGUGCUGCUCGACGACACGCGGCUGCGGCGCGUGUGGCCGAAGUUCGCGCUCACGCCGAUCGAGCCGGCGAUCGCCCGGACGCUCGCGUCGUACCGCUGA